AUGGCCGACGUCGCCGUGGAGAAUCCGGCGAACAACGUCACGCUUCACAACAAGCCAACUCCGUUGGAUACCAUCCCCAACGUCGAUUCCUUGGAGGGCACAGGGUCUGAUGGAGGUGACGAAUAUGCCACCCUGAAGAGAUUGCAGAGACAUUUAGAAUACAUUCAACUCCAAGAGGAAUACAUCAAGGAUGAACAGAGGAGUUUGAAGCGGGAACUCGUUCGUGCGCAGGAGGAGAUCAAGCGGAUACAAAGUGUGCCUUUAGUGAUUGGGCAAUUCAUGGAAGCGAUUGACCAGAACACCGGUAUCGUACAGUCCUCGACCGGCUCGAAUUAUGUUGUCCGCAUUCUGUCCACCCUCGACCGCGAAAAGCUCAAGCCAUCCUCCUCGGUCGCUCUCCACCGUCACUCCAACGCUCUCGUUGACAUCCUUCCUCCCGAGGCCGACUCGUCUAUUGCGAUGUUGGGCGAAGAUGAGAAGCCCGAUGUGACAUACGCUGAUGUUGGUGGUAUGGACAUGCAGAAGCAGGAGAUCAGGGAGGCUGUUGAACUUCCCUUGACACACUUCAACCUUUACCGGCAGAUUGGUAUCGAUCCUCCUCGUGGUGUCCUGCUCUACGGUCCCCCAGGUACCGGAAAGACCAUGUUGGUCAAGGCUGUGGCCAACAGCACAACCGCCAGCUUUAUCCGAGUAAACGGUUCGGAGUUCGUUCAGAAAUACCUGGGUGAGGGUCCUCGUAUGGUCCGUGACGUCUUCCGGAUGGCCCGCGAGAACUCGCCUGCGAUUAUUUUCAUCGACGAAAUCGAUGCCAUUGCCACGAAGCGAUUCGACGCGCAGACCGGUGCAGAUCGUGAAGUGCAGCGUAUCCUGCUGGAACUUCUCAAUCAAAUGGAUGGUUUUGAGCAGACAAGCAAUGUCAAGGUCAUCAUGGCCACUAACCGAGCGGAUACCCUGGACCCUGCAUUGCUGCGUCCCGGUCGUCUGGACCGGAAGAUCGAAUUCCCUUCGCUACGUGACCGACGAGAGCGUCGUCUGAUCUUCACUACGAUCGCCUCCCGGAUGUCGCUCUCGCCUGAGGUGGACCUGGACUCGCUGAUCGUCCGCAACGAGCCCUUGUCGGGUGCCGUUAUUGCGGCCAUCAUGCAGGAGGCUGGUUUGCGGGCAGUGCGGAAGAACCGAUACCAAAUUAUCCAGUCGGAUCUUGACGAUGCUUACGCCGCGCAGGUGAAGACUGGCCAGGAAUCAGACCGACCCGAGUUCUACCGCUAA